UUAUCAUUUUGACGAAUGUUAGAAAAUUUUCAAUUUUCUGAUCCUAGAGUUAAUAGUUUUUAUUUUUUGAACUCAGCGUGAUUGUGCAUGGUUAGCUCAGCUUAUAAUUUAGCUCGGAAGACAAGAUUGCAGAACUUUUGAGAAAAAAGGCGUGAUAUGUCAAGGUACUUGUCCCGAAACUCUGCCGAGUCUCUCGAACCGCUAUGAGAGUAUCAAAAAUGGAUGAACCUCGACAAAUAAAUUUCACACAAUUUGAAUAAUUGCGAGAAUAAUUUUAAAUCGUUUCUGCGAUCAUGAGGAAAAAAUUUCAGUUGUUUUUUUGAAUCACAAAUGUCGCCUGGUGUUCCUUAAAAUUUUGAAAAAGUCGGAUUUUUACGAAUGUUUCGAGAUUGCAAAAGUUGAAUGAUCGCAAAGGCCCUCCUGGACGCUGAUUGAAACAGCGGAGACGGAAAAGUGCCGAGAUCCCGAGAUUUUUGGAAAAAAGUGAAAAAACUUUAAUCCAGUUGGAUGUCCGGAGGUUUCGCGCGAUCGCAGCUAAAUCCGAGGGAACAGGAGUUGAUUAGGAGGGAAAGAAAAGCUUCGGGGGGGCUUGAAGGGGCGCGGAAGGUCCGGUCGACCCGGAGCCCUUUCGGGGUCGUCGUUGAAAAAGUGGAAAAGUUGAGCGUCGAUUUACCGGCGGGAGAUCCGGGGCUCGAGGUCGGCCGGGGAGGGAUUCGAGUUGGGGCGGACGGUACUGAGAAUUCCGGCGAUACCCGCUGCCGUUUUCGGCCUCGUGGUGGCGCUGCGGUCCCCCGUUGGGUAUCGAGCGUAACCUAAAAAGUUUCAGAGUCUCAAAAGGGACGCUGGGACCCCGAGGGACUCGGACGAGGUCGAGGAAAAGGGUCCGGGAACACCCGGGAGCGGGGUUCCCCAUUUCCCUUAAAUUGGCCGAGCCCUCGGAGGGCUUUUCCGCCCCGAAAGCUCGCCGCGUCGAUCGAAGCCCUCGGCCUGGAUCGGAGGCUCCUGCGCCCUCGCCACAAUCCGUUUUCUCCCGCGCGCGCGAUCGAAUCUUCGAGAAUUUAAUUGCUGGCGAGAGGCGAGCGAUCCGUUCGGGGCUAUCGAGCCGCGUUGAGUUCCGAACCCCGCGAACGGCGCAGGUCCACGGAGCGCGGGGCGCUCCGUCGAUAUUCGCCUUCCCGAGAUGUCCGAGCGCGUCGCAAUCCGCCUCGGAUUUUGCGAGCGUGCGCGCGGCAUUCGUUCCCAAUCGUGCGUCGGCUCCGGCGGCCGACGUUUUUCUUGUCAAAUUAUCAUUCGUUCUAUUCGGAAUUAAAGUGGCCGAGAUUCGGAGCAUUUUACAUUUUCGUCCGGAUGCCCGCGCCCCCCGGAGCACCGGCUCGACAUCGACAUGGACCCGGAACUCGCCAGCGCCGAAAAAAAGCCUCGCAGAGUCGUAAGACAAACAGCGGAUUAGUCGGAGCCCAAAAUGGACGGAUAUCCGGUGCUGCAAAUCGUCCGCUGCCAAUUCGGCAGCGACGUCGCAGCCGUCAACCUCCCCGCCAGCUCCGGCUACCCCUUCGGACCCCACUCGCACUCUCACUUGACACAUCCGCUGAGCCAUGCUCACUUAACCGCUUACCGCUGUCCGCCGUCGCAUCCUUACGGACCCAACAGCGGCGAUAAUGGAGGGUGCUGCAAAAAAUACGUCGUGCUCUGCUGCCUCUGCGGCGGUCUCAGCGCCGCGGUCGGAAGCCUUUUCCUCGCGGUUCACGCGGUCCUUUCCGCUCACACGGCCAGCCUCGCUCUCUUCGAGACUGUGCCCUCUUACAUACCGGGGUCGAUGCUCAUCCUCAUGGGGCUCUUCACCAUCCUGCUCGCGAGGAGGAAACAUCGAUACGGUUUUCUGAUGAAAAUGUGCGGCUCUGUUGGCGUCGUCUGCGCUCUCGUUUGCGUCUUGGUCACAGUUACGACGACGGUUGUUCACAUGUCAAGAUUGCAAGGAUUGCGGGAGUGCAUUUACACGGAAAGAGCCAGAUCUUGCACGUGCUACGGAUCGACGCAGGGUCGGGUCUUGUCCGAUCCUGGUGUAUUGUUCGAGGAAACUCCGCACUGCGAAGCGGUGCACGGGGCUCUGUACGACUGCCUGAGAGCCCUGUUCGGCGUCUCGGUCGCCGGAAUUUUGGCGUGCAUUUUCUCGUGUAUGCUUCUCUAUCAGUUGCUUAGCCACGAGAAGAAAAAAAUGUAUUGGGAACAGUUGCAGCUCAGAUGCAGAUCCUUGUACGGUCAGGGCGGAAGCGGAGCCGUCGGGGCCGGAACCGGAGGCUCCUGCGGAUGCUGCAACGACUGCGGAGGUACGAGCCCGUGGUGGGCUCAAACUCCCGGAAAUUUGUACACUCCGAACCCGGAUUUGGCACCUUUCAGCCGGAGAUGGCGUUUGCCGUGGUCCCGUUCCCGAGGUCCGGCGCCCACCCCGGAUUCGAAUUACGGUUUCCACACGCAGUCUCGAGGCGCCGUUGUGAUGAGGAGCAGCGGAAGCAGCAGCGGGGAACCGGGCGACAAUACGCCCGGGCCUUACACAGUUUUGACGGACGAAUCGCAAAACGGGAGCGGGGCUCCUUACAGCCUGAUUAAUUCGACGGGUUCGGCGCCCUACGGAGCUUGCGCCUCCUCCGUCGCGUCGUACAGUCUCCUGGAGAACGGGCCCGUCCCGGCGCUCUGGGGUCCACCGCCACCGUACAGCGAUCCGAACAGUCCGGCCCGGAGGCCCCAAAUCAGCGAGGAACGCCGAGCCCCCGGAUCGACGAUUCGCUGCAACUCCACCGGAACCACUCCGGUCAAUGCUCCUGCCAACAGAAUUUCCAGUGUCAAAAGAAUAGAAAACUUCGAACCGGUCACUUGCGACGAAUAUCGACAACAACGCGCGACGAAUAUGCGUCCUUCGGACAACUACGAAAACACCGAGGAAGUUAUGUUCGCCGGGACCGAGCCGGACAUCGAAAUGGGAAACUUGCAUCUCCACAAUCAUCACCUGGCGCAGCGAGCACAGAAAGAGGAAGGGACGAAAGGGAGACACGUGAGAAAAGCGCUCAAAGGCGUCGAGAACGGCGGCUUUCAGCAGGAGCCUGGCAAUAAUUCGCUCAACAAGCAAUCCGAGAGCGAAUUGUACUUCGGCGACGUUUCAUCGUGCUGCGGACCCGAAAGCAGCUUCUACGAUCUAGCUGUCGAGAAGGAUCAGCAAUCGAGCGCCGUCGACUCCACGGACAACUUGAUCGAGUAUCCGGCCAGCAGUAGAUUCAGCAGGCAGCGUCAGUCGUCGAAGCGCGCACGGCAGCCUUUGCCCUUGGGCUCGAGCCACACCCCGGAAGCGUCGGCUGGCCCGUUGGCCGAGAGUUAUUCGCCCUUGAACAGCAUCUCCGUGGCGGAGGAAUUUUCGAGAAGUUCCUCGAGUCGCGGCCCCUUCUUGGCUCCGGACGCUCAGUACGAAGUAAUCGAUCAGCAGACCCGCUACACCUAUUACAGUCCGAAGAACAGCGCCAGCGGUGCCGGGAGCAGCGGCGAGCACGUGCUCGAGAUCCCGCUCCCGUCGCUCGCCUCGCUCGCCUACCGGAGCGGAAACUCGAGCGAGCAGCAGAUCGACCUGGACGAGAUCGACGGCUCUCCGGACUACGGGAUCGACCGGCUGAGCCUGGAGGGCCGCGGCAACAAGGGGAAACCCGGAACCCCCGUCGCCAAGUCCCCGACGCCCUCGAGCCUCGUCGAGGACAUUCCGUCGUCGCCGAAUCCUCUGGGCCAGAGGUCCGGCAGCGAAUCCACCGGGAACUCUCGCGACUCGUUGUGGCCCGGCGAGCAUCAGAGCCGGCCGAACGAAAACGUGUGCCCCGUCAACGUCUGAGGAGUCGGAGGAUCACCGCCGGUUAAGGCUCCGGGCGAGUCCAACGGAAACUAGAAAAUUGGAGGUUUCUCCCCGCUCGACUCGCUCUCGUAUUUCGAGUGUGCGAUCGUAGAUAAAUGAGUCAAGUGUCGUUUAGGAUUCUUGCCAGAAACGGUACUCGCAGCGCGUUUUAGCGCCGCGUGAUUAAUCUCGCUUCCCACUGAGGAAAGGGCUCGAGAAACGCCGAAGAAAAUGGGACAAUAAGCAAGAGGGACUCGCAACCGAGUCGAAACGUCUUUUUCCUACUCGCUUAAAACAAGCAAAAACGUUAUUUAAAUAUUUGUAUUAUAAUUGUUGCUGGAUUUAUCGUAACGGAAGGGAGGCCCGAGGGGAGGCUGCUCAGCGCGAUAUUCGGAGCUCCCUUUUUCGCCAAGUUUUUCUUCCAAAUCCAAAGAGUUCAAAUUAUUUUAAAUUCGUCGCUCAAAGAGGCCGAUUUCGUGGGUUCGAAAACGUCAGGAAUUUAUGUCUUUGUAGCUCUCCGGAUUAGUGAUAAUUACGAUACUUUAACCCUCGAUUCUCAGCUAAUUUAUUGAGAGAAUCGAUCUUUUCUCGUCUGCGUAUAAAAAAUAAGCGAACACACAAACAAAUGACAAAUUCGUAUUUUAAAAUGCCGAAAAAAAAAAAAUAAAUAUUUAUCGAUGUUUUGUA